CCUCAAUGCAGUCAGAGACUGGACAUAUGUCAAAGUAACGGAACACUAUCGUGCAAAACUGCAAAAAGAUCAGAGGCAAGUGCUAGAUUCUAUAAAAAAGGAUCUUCAGAAGGUUGUAUUGGAUUUAGAAUUUGACGAGACAAAGAGAAAAAAAGCUCAAGAAAUCCUUGAUCAAUGGAAGGUUAAGAAAAUAAACCAACUUAACAACUUAACUGGAGAUUUUGCAGUCCAGAACAUCGACAAUCGCCGUGUAAGUUCGGGAAAUUAUCAUUGCGAUGAUCAAGAAGAAAAGAGGAAUACCAAAUCUACUUCUUCAGUCGAUAGUUCUAUAGGUGAUUUGAAUGGCGACCAAGUUGCAGAAAUUGAUGGAAUUAUUAUAUCUGGCUUGCUUUUUUCAAACAUAACUCUUGAGGAAAUAUGGAUAAAAGUUAUGGAACGAUUGAAAAAAGAAAAAUUGCGAGUGCAGUCUAUUGAAUCCCGGAUUGUGGAUAUUUCAAAUUGGACGAAAGUCGAAUGGAACAGGAUUCUUAAGGUAUCAGACUAUUCGCAAUUAUUUAUCAAGUCAAGAAAAAAGCUCUGCAAGGAGAAGAUUGAUAAGAAAGUUCAACAAUUGCUACGCAGUGAAUCUGGUCGGUUUUUAUUUAUGCAGUUGCUUGCUUUUUACAACACAUUCAGAGAUUAUAAUGAUUCUUGGUCCAAUAUUGGCAUGCUUUUAGAAGAAUUUGAUAUCGGCACUUUUGAGCUUAACUGGAUUGAGAAGGAAUCUCGUAGUGUUACAAAUCGAAAACGAAAGGCUGUGCAUGAAGAAUACAUGACGCUAAACUCUAACAUGAGAAAAAUGGAUUUAAUUAUCUCAUUGCGAAGUCAUGAAACUGAGCUACUACCACUUGAAGUAGGAAAUACGGAAGGACCCAUUGAUGAUACCAAAUAUCGAAAGGAUCAUUCAAAACUUAAGGCAGAACUUGAAGAAGUUUUUACCAUUGGCAUUCAAAUUACUGGCAUAAGAUGGACUAUCUACUCGAUUUCUUAUGAUAGUUCUCAAAAUUUUUAUUUUUUCGUUGAGAUGGCAACACUGAUACUUCCAACAACGUUCUCCGAUAUGGAAGAUCUUUUGCCAAGUUUUUUGGAAAAUCUUCUUGCAUUACGGCACACACUAAUAGAUCUAGUUACAAAGAUACGAAAAAUUGCUCGAAAACGACUUAAUACACCAUCUCCACAAUCGUCACCAUUACACGAAACAACAGAUACCCCUGACGUGAAAAAACAAAAGCAAGAUCCUUUUUGGAUCUUAGAUAAUUUGUAUUGA